AUGCCGGCGGGCAUGACGAAGCAUGGCUCCCGCUCCACCAGCUCGCUGCCGCCCGAGCCCAUGGAGAUUGUGCGCAGCAAGGCGUGCUCGCGGCGCGUGCGCCUCAACGUUGGCGGCCUGGCGCACGAGGUGCUCUGGCGCACCCUGGACCGCCUGCCCCGCACGCGGCUGGGCAAGCUCCGCGACUGCAACACGCACGACUCGCUGCUCGAGGUGUGCGAUGACUACAGCCUGGACGACAACGAGUACUUCUUCGACCGCCACCCAGGCGCCUUCACCUCCAUCCUCAACUUCUACCGCACCGGCCGCCUGCACAUGAUGGAGGAGAUGUGCGCGCUCAGCUUCAGCCAGGAGCUCGACUAUUGGGGCAUCGACGAGAUCUACCUGGAGUCCUGCUGCCAGGCCCGCUACCACCAGAAGAAGGAGCAGAUGAACGAGGAGCUCAAGCGCGAGGCUGAGACCCUCCGGGAGCGCGAGGGUGAGGAGUUCGAUAACACGUGCUGCGCGGAGAAGAGGAAGAAGCUCUGGGAUCUCCUUGAGAAGCCCAACUCCUCUGUGGCUGCCAAGAUCCUGGCCAUCAUUUCCAUCAUGUUCAUCGUCCUCUCCACCAUCGCCCUGUCACUCAACACGCUCCCUGAGCUGCAGAGCCUGGAUGAGUUCGGCCAGACCACAGACAACCCCCAGCUGGCCCACGUGGAGGCCGUGUGCAUAGCCUGGUUCACCAUGGAGUACCUGCUGCGGUUCCUUUCUUCACCCAAGAAGUGGAAGUUCUUCAAGGGCCCGCUCAACGCCAUCGACUUGUUGGCCAUCCUGCCGUACUACGUCACCAUCUUCCUCACGGAAUCCAACAAGAGCGUGCUGCAGUUCCAGAACGUCCGCCGCGUGGUCCAGAUCUUCCGCAUCAUGCGCAUUCUGCGCAUCUUAAAGCUGGCCCGGCACUCCACGGGCCUGCAGUCCCUGGGCUUCACCCUGCGCAGGAGCUACAACGAGCUGGGCCUGCUCAUCCUCUUCCUUGCCAUGGGCAUCAUGAUCUUCUCCAGCCUGGUCUUUUUCGCUGAGAAGGAUGAGGAUGACACCAAAUUCAAAAGCAUCCCGGCCUCUUUCUGGUGGGCCACCAUCACCAUGACAACUGUUGGGUAUGGAGACAUCUACCCCAAGACGCUCCUGGGGAAGAUUGUAGGGGGGCUCUGUUGCAUUGCGGGGGUCUUGGUGAUUGCUCUCCCUAUUCCCAUCAUUGUCAAUAACUUCUCUGAGUUUUACAAGGAGCAGAAGAGGCAGGAGAAAGCAAUCAAGCGGAGGGAAGCCCUGGAGAGAGCCAAGAGGAAUGGCAGCAUCGUGUCCAUGAACAUGAAGGAUGCUUUUGCCCGGAGCAUCGAGAUGAUGGACAUCGUGGUUGAGAAAAAUGGGGAGAAUCUGGGUAAGAAGGACAAGGUGCAAGACAACCACUUGUCUCCCAACAAAUGGAAAUGGACAAAGAGGACCCUGUCUGAAACCAGCUCCAGUAAAUCUUUUGAAACCAAGGAGCAAGGAUCCCCCGAGAAAGCCAGAUCCUCCUCGAGUCCUCAGCAUCUCAAUGUCCAGCAGUUGGAAGACAUGUAUAAUAAGAUGGCCAAAACCCAGUCUCAGCCCAUCCUCAAUACCAAGGAGUCGGCAACGCAGAGCAAACCAAAGGAAGAGCUUGAAAUGGAGAGUAUUCCCAGCCCCGUCGCCCCUCUGCCCCCACGUACAGAAGGGGUCAUCGACAUGCGGAGUAUGUCAAGCAUCGAUAGCUUCAUUAGCUGUGCCACGGACUUCCCUGAAGCCACUAGGUUCUCCCACAGCCCGUUGGCAUCACUCCCAGGCAAGCCUGGUGGCAGCGCUGCCCCCGAGGUGGGCUGGCGGGGAGCCCUGGGUGCCACUGGAGGUAGGUUGGUGGAAGCCAACCCAACCGCAGAUGCCAGCCAUCGCUCCGGUUUCUUCAUUGAGAGCCCCAAGAGUUCCAUGAAGACCAACAACCCCUUGAAGCUGCGAGCGCUCAAAGUCAACUUCAUGGAGGGCGGCGAGCCCAGCCCACUUCUCCCUGUUCUGGGGAUGUACCAUGACCCUCUUAGGAACCGGGGUGGUGCCGCGGCUGCUGUCGCUGGACUAGAGUGUGCCACCCUUUUGGAGAGGCCUGUGCUGAGCCCAGAGUCCUCCAUCUACACCACGGCGAGUGCUAGAACACCUCCCCGGUCCCCUGAGAAACACACAGCAAUAUCAUUCAACUUUGAGGCGGGCAUCCACCAGUACAUCGAUGCAGACACAGAUGAUGAGGGCCAGCUGCUCUACAGUGUGGAUUCCAGCCCCCCCAAGAGCCUCCAGGGGAGCACCAGUCCCAAGUUCAGUGUCGGGGCAAGGUCAGAGAAGAACCACUUUGAAAGCUCCCCUUUACUCACCUCCCCUAAGUUCUUAAGGCAGAACUGUAUUUACUCCACCGAAGCAUUGACUGGAAAAGGCCCCAGUGGUCAGGACAAGUGCAAACUCGAGAACCACAUCUCCCCCGAUGUCCGUGUGUUACCGGGAGGAGGGGCCCACGGAAGCACACGGGAUCCGAGCAUCUGA